AUGGCCAUUGAGAUAGUUGACGACAAGUCCGAGCACUGCAUACCUUUCAUCCUCGACAAGAUCAAGGCACAUUGCGAUUACUACAAAAAAGAAGGCAAGGAUGCCCCGCCAUUCUUCCUGGGACUGAACGGUAUUCAAGGCGCAGGAAAGACGACCCUGGUCUCAGCUCUCUACAACACCCUAACCUCGCCUCCUCACAAUCUACCCACAGUAGUCUUCUCAAUCGACGACCUCUACCUCACCCACUCAGCCCAAAGAAAACUCGCUGAGUCUCAACCAAACAACCCGCUAAUCCAACACCGUGGCCAACCCUCCACUCAUGACAUUGCCCUCGGCAAACAAAUAUUCUCUCAGCUCGUAGCCCGCGAACCGAAUAUUCGCAUCCCCAGCUACGAUAAGUCUCUGCACGAUGGCCAAGGCGAUCGCGCAGAUCCAGAAACUUGGGAAGUCAUCAACAAAGACGGCGAACCACCAAUUGAAGUUGUGAUCUUCGAAGGCUGGUGUGUUGGCUUUAGAAGUUUGAGUGAUAAGGAGUUGGUGCAGAAAUGGGAGGGUGCAAAGGCGGCGAGGAUUUUUGACAAGGAGGCUUAUCAUGGAAGACUUGCUUCGUUGGAGUUGGAGCAUGUGUCGUUCGUCAACGAGGCUUUGAGGCAGUAUGAUGCUUUGACUGACUACUUUGGUGCUCUGGUACACAUCGAUGCUGUGGACACGCUUUUCGUUUACGAGUGGCGUCUGCAGCAAGAACGUGCCUUGCGAGAACAAAAAGGCAAGGGUAUGACAGACAAGCAGGUUAUUGAGUUUGUCAAUGGCUAUUAUCCAGCCUAUGAGCUCUACACGGAUGUGCUUCGUAAAGGCAUCUUUUCCCAAACUGGCAAACAGUUACGAUUGAUUGUUGACAAGCAACGUAAAGUAGAGCAAGUGGAGUUACAGUGA